UGUUAGUUUGCGGUCCGCCUAAUACCAUAGAAGAGGGAACAUCUUUUUGUGAAAACACAAUCCACAUUAAAGCUGUUGAAAUGCAGAUUGAAGAUAAACCCAGCCUGCUGCUCUCCUUCCACACUGAACCCAAACAAGAGUCACUGGAUUCUGAUUGUAACAGUGGAGCUCAGUGUUCAUUGGUGGAUUCAGAGAUGACAUCAGGGAAGCAGGAAGACUGCAGUCAAACACUGGGACUGAACUUUGUCAUCAAAGAUAAAGAAGAGAAGAAGAAUACAGGCGAUUUAACUAAUCAAGAUAGGCUUGCUGAUGUUGAUACAUUUCCUUCAUCUGGAGAGCAAGAACAGGGGGACUACAAAAACAAGAAGUCUCACCUCUGUCCUGAUUGUGGAAAAUGUUUCCUAUCUAUAUCACAUUUAAAAAGACACAUUAAAAUGCAUAUAGGAGAGGAGCCUCACUCCUGUUCUGACUGUGGGAAGAGCUACUCUAAAUUAAGUAAAGUUCACCAGUGCAUACAUACUGGAGAAAAGCCUUUCUGCUGUUUUGACUGUGGGAAGUUUUUCAUGACAUCUUCUGACCUUACUGUGCAUCAAAGAGUGCACACAGGAGAGACGCUUUACUCCUGUUCUGACUGUGGGAAAAGUUUCUCUUCUUUAGGUAGCCUUAAAUUUCACCAGCUAAUACAUACAGGUAAAAAGCCUUACUCCUGUUCUGACUGUGGGGAAAGUUUCUCUUAUUUAGGUAGCUUUAAGUUUCACCAGCGCUUGCAUGCAGAUGAAAAACCUUUCUCCUGUUCUGACUGUGGAAAAUGUUUUUUAAGAUCUGAUAUCCUCACUCAACAUCAGAAAGUGCACACAGGAGAGAAACCUUACUCCUGUUCUGACUGUGGGAAGAGUUUCUCUCAUUUAGGUAACCUUAAAGUACACCAGCACAUACACACUGCAGAGAAACCUUUACCCUGUUCUGACUGUGGGAAGUUUUUCCUUACAUCAUCUGAACUUUCUAUUCAUCAGAGAGUACACACAGGAGAGAAGCCUUACUCCUGUUCUGACUGUGGGAAGAGUUUCUCUCAUUUAGAUACCCUUAAAGUUCACCAGAACAUACACACUGGAGAGAAACCUUAUUCCUGUACUGAAUGUGGUAAGAUGUUCUCUCAUUUAGGUAACCUUAAAGUUCACCAGCGCGCACACACUGCAGAGAAACCUUAUUCCUGUACUGACUGUGGGAAGAGGUUUUCUCAAUCAAGUAACCUUAAAGUGCACAAGCAUAUACAUACUGGAGAGAAGCCUUUCUCCUGUUCUGACUGUGGGAGGUUUUUCAUUACAUCAUCUGAACUUUCUGUUCAUUUGCGAGUGCACACUGGAGAGAAGCCUUAUAUCUGUUCCGACUGUGGGAAGUGUUUCUCUCAUUUAGGUAACCUUAAAGUUCACCAGCGCGCACACACUGGAGAGAAACCUUAUGCCUGUUCUGACUGUGGGAAGAGUUUUUCUCAGAUAGGUCACCUUAAAGUUCACCAGCGCGCACACACUGGAGAGAAACCUUAUUCCUGUCCUGACUGUGGGAAGAGGUUUUCUCAAUUAUGCAACCUUAAAGUGCACAAACAGAUACAUAUAGGAGAUAAGCCUGUAACAAAUAUUUAAAUUGUAUAACUGUGAUUUUUUUACAUGAUCGCGGUUUCUUGGUUGAUCUGCGGUAAAAUAUUUUUUCACCCUUUAGGCACCAGUCAGUUGCUCACUUUUUCACCACUUAGCUUACCAAGUUUAGCAGUCAUGUUCAUAUUGAGUUAGUGAAUUGAGGUAAUUAGAAUGUAUGCUAUUGUACAUUUGUGGGUAUGACCGUGAGAAAGGGAUUAAGCCCACAAAGAUCAACAUGGUUCACAGUCCCCUAUAGGACUAUAAUGGUCAACAGCCAUUUAAAUGUUGUGGGAAGUGUAGAUGUAGGUGUGUUUUAGGUAAGAAAUAUGGAUUGUAUUUGUGUUUAGUAGUUUUGGUGUGUGAAUUUCUUCUUUUUUUUUUUGAUUUGAGAAAUGAUUUACCUGCAAUUUGAAGAUACUUUCAAGAAAGUGUAAAAAGACAAUAUGCAUUAGAAUGAGUAAUAAAAAUAAUUGUGAGCUCUG